GUGUGUGUGUGUGUGUGUGUGUGUGUGUGUGUGUGUGUGUGUGUGUGUGUGGAGCUGCCACAUGUUUCUACAGUAAACUGUUAUUUAAAUGAUCAAUGACAUCACUAAGGUGAAAUGUCGGAGCCUAAAGUAACGUCUUCGAAUGGCUUAUUUUUAGAGGCUGACCUGAAGUGCAUUCUGUUAGCCUGAUAUAGACAUUGAUAAUUGAGAGACAAAGAAACCCAAUAACAAUACAUUUAUUUAAAAAUAAAGCAGAGAAUACACUAGAAAGGUGCCCUCAGUAGAGCGCAGAUCUCUGCCAGGUGUGUCUGAAACCACCACCUCUGCUGUAAUGUUUGAUUUGAUGAGCAACACACCGUCUCUGUGCAGACUUCUGUCUCACGGGGCGUUGAUUUAGGCUUCAAGUCCACUGAGUAAGCCCUUUUCUCCCACUGUGUCUGCUGAGAGGUACUCAGCAGUGUGUGAACUAGUAGUUUCAUGAACUGUUAACACAGCGUCCAUUACAAUCAAUGUGAUAAAAGGGUUAUACUCCGCUUUGUCUUUGGCCGCAGAGAGACAGCUGUGAGGUACUCAGCAGUGUGUGAACUGGUAGCUCUGUUAGCUGUUUGCCAAACACACCGUUCAAAACACUAAAAGUGAGGAAAACGUUUUCCCCACAAGCAGCUGUGAGGUUGUUGAAGAAAAACAUUGUAUAACUGCUGAAAACAGGUUUUAUUACAGAUAUCUCAACACACAGUCGGUGCAUCCACGAGAGGUCCUCGAGCAAGCAGCCACAAAUGAACACAGAAGAUAUUACACAGUUUGGUGCAGCAGAAUGAGAGAUUGUGCUUGGACAGAACACAGACUCACUUACACACUGACGCACAGGCACUCGUGAUUCUCCUGGCGGAGAUAAUAACAAACAUUUUUGAUAAGGAUCAGGGCCGUCACUCAAACUACCAUUCAAACACAGAAAAAAUGUAAUCGAUCGGCAACGGCGUGUAAAAGUGACGGUGCUACCGAUUGGACUUCCUGUUGCCCUUUUAGCUAAAACAAUGCGUCGUAAACAAGCGAGCCGUGCUCAGCCUCUCUUUUCAAUCGAGCUCUCCUCUAAAAUAUGAAAAAUACCAAUAAAUGCAUCGCAAGUUCAGAGUCUUCAAAAAGCUUAUUUUGCUUCACAAUGAGUCGGUAUUAAAACCCACGCUUCCGUCUCUUUGACGGGUGUUUUAAUGUCUAAUAAAUCUGCUGUGUGAGCGGUUCAGGAUGCCAAAAUGCUCCACAGAAGAAGGUCGAAUAUUUCUUUCUGCCCACUUGUGAUUGUUUUCACUUGUGGUUUUAUUUUUUACUGAGAUGUAUUGUUGUCAUCGUUUUAAAGGUUUCGUUUGGUAUGUUUUACCUGUUUUAUUGGCCUUGUUUUGUUGGUGCAUUGCAUAUGAUUUGGCCCUUACUUACCCGAACAACUGCAUACACACUUAGUGGCUGGGUGUGUUUGAGACGUUUGAACCGAUACCGUCAUGGUAUGGAUGAGAUGCGCAGGAUAACUGUUGUCUCUACUGUGUCCCGUCUGACUCGUAUCUCUGUUUGUUUUUGGACUCUGUGCAUGAGACACCAAACUAGUUCUAAUUUAAGAAGCAGGAACCAACAGAUAUCUGCUAUCUUUACCUGUUGACUUUAUAUUAAUCCAUGUCUUGUCAUUGAUCGCUGACGACUUGGAGUAGUGUACGAGGAUGAUUUAAAACUCUUCACUGUGUGUGAGAGAGAAAAUUAACUUACAGAAGUCAAAGAAAAGAGGAAGGUGUGUGUGUGUGUGCGUGUGUGUGUGUGUGUGUGUGUGCGUGUGCGCGCAGCAGCAGCCUCUGCCACCUGGCUGGCGAGUGAUGCACUUUGGGGGGGGUGAUGCUCCAAACUGUACCUAAUUAAUGUGAGCCCGGGGCUCCAGACUGAGUGCUAACCAUGCUGCGGCAGUCCGACCCAACCUCCAGCACCCUGCAGCUGGUCGCCAACGACAUGACCGACAUCAUGGAGAAGCUGGACAGCCGGGAGAAGCUGGACAGCCGCGAGCUCGACCUGGAAGACGGCGAGUAUGACUCGACCGACGCCCACUCGUCAGAGCGUUUGCCGUUCACGGCGAUCUACCACGUGGUGGGCUUCAAGGAGGCCGAGGCCGACGUCUUCCUGUCCUCUCCGAUCACGGCGAAGAUCCUGGAGGUGGAGCGCUUCACCGCGGCUCAGGACCGCUUCAACGUCACCACGCAGAGGAGCGUCAACAAGUCGUUGCCGGCGGUGUUUAAGAUCGAGAUGAAACACGGGGAGUUCACCUGGCUGGUGAAGAGGAAGGAGAAACACUUCAUGGAUCUCCACAGAGAGCUGAGGACCUACAAGACCUUCAUGAGGCUGCCGCUGCGGACACGAAGCCACACGGUGAAGAGGCAGACGGCGGAGAGGAGCGAGGGGAGGCAGAUCCCGAACCUCCCCAGAGGAGGAAGAGACGAGCUGGAAAGGGACGGGCAGGUGUCCAGUCGCAGGAAACAACUGGAGGAUUACUUGAACAACCUGCUCAAGACGCCCAUGUACAGGAACUACCAUGCAACGAUGGAGUUCAUUGAUAUUAGCCAGCUGUCUUUCAUCCACGACCUGGGACCAAAAGGCCAAGAAGGAAUGGUGCUGAAGAGAUCCGGCGGCCAUCGGAUCCCCGGGUUGAACUGCUGCGGUCGAAGCAGAAUGUGUUACCGCUGGUCCAAACGGUCAGUGAACAGACAACGUCAUCAGUCCUAUAAGUCCUAUAGACGUCACUUUGUUCUACUCAAACGUGUGUGUGUGUGUGUGUGUGUGUGUGUGUUUUUAAUGCAUUGCACUGGUGUGUGUGUGUGUGUGUGUGUGUGUGUGUGUGUGUGUGUGUGUGUGUUAGGGAGCGGCUCAGUGCAUAGUCAGCAUACGGGGGUCGGGGAGUUGUUGGGAAACACGCGGUUCUGGCACGGAAAGGACUACUGCAACUUUGUGUACAAGGACUGGAUUCAGCUGGAGAAACCGUUCGAUGAUUUCAUAGACAGACACACGACUCCCAGAAUGCCCUGGCACGACAUCUCCUCGGUGGUUCACGGGAAAGCAGCUCGGGAUGUGGCCCGACACUUCAUCCAGCGGUGGAACUUCACUAAGCUCGUGAAGCCGAAGUACCGUUCCCUGUCGUACCCGUACCUGCUGCCCAAGUCUCACACCACGGCCGGAGAGCAGCGGUACCAAGUCCCCAACUGCAUCCAAACCAAAGUGCAGAUCCUUCGCUCGGCGUGCGAUUGGUCCGCCGGCAUCAAAUACCACGAGGAGUCGAUCCACAACGCCUACGUCCACGUCAUCCAGAACAGCCAGCACUUCGUUUACAUCGAGAAUCAGUUCUUCAUCAGCUGUGCAGACAACAAAAACGUUUUCAACAAGAUAGGAGACGCGAUAGCCGAGCGCAUCAUCAGAGCAUACAAGGAGGGUAAAAAGUACCGAGUGUACGUGGUGACGCCUCUGCUGCCGGGCUUCGAAGGAGACAUCAACACCGGAGGAGGCAGCGCCAUCCAGGCCGUCAUGCACUUCAACUACAGGACCAUGAACAGAGGAGAACACUCCAUCAUGUCCCAGCUCAAGAGAGAGAUGGGAGACCAGUGGAUAAACUACAUCUCCAUCGCCGGUCUGAGGACUCACGCCGAGCUGGAGGGGAAGCUGGUCACCGAGCUCAUCUACGUCCACAGCAAGAUGCUCAUCGCCGACGACAACACCGUCAUCAUCGGUUCUGCCAACAUCAACGACCGGAGCAUGCUGGGAAAGAGGGACAGCGAGGUGGCGGUGAUCGUGGAGGACUCGGAGACGGUUACGGCGGUGAUGGACGGGCAGGAGUACCAAGCUGGAAAAUACGCCCUGCAGCUCCGCCUCGAGUGCUUCAAGAUGAUUUUGGGCGCCAACACGGAUCCCUCCAUCGACGUGUCGGAUCCCGUCAGUGACCAGUUCUACAAGGAGGUCUGGAUGACGACCUGCGCUCGAAACGCCACCAUCUACCAGAAGGUCUUCCGAAGUCUUCCGUCCAGCGACGUCCGUAGCAUCCUGGAGCUGGAUGGCUACCUCGCCAAGCCGGGCCUGGACAAGGAGGACCCGGCCCGGGCUCACGAGGAGCUGAAGAAGAUCCGCGGCUUCCUGGUCCAGUUCCCUCUUCAGUUCCUGUGCGAGCAGAACCUGCUUCCCCCCAUGGGCUGCAAGGAGGCCAUGGUGCCCAUGGAGGUCUGGACCUGAGACCGAGACGGACUCGCCAGUGCAUUCAUGUGUUCACGCACAACAUCAGGAAGGCUUUCAGGUUAAUGAGACCCACUCUGGUGCCAUUUUGGAGGUCAUAGUGGCUGAAAACAGCCUUUUCGUGUUUUUAAUAAACUGACAGCUGUAUCUGAUGACAUGUUAGCGUUGCACUACAGUGGUUCCCCUCUGCAAACAUAAGUGAAUAAUAUUUUCUAACCAGUUUGUCUGUGCUGUAAAAAUCCUUGACCUUGGUGCAGUCCGUCUGUGCUGCAACGCUCCUCAACAUGAGCCACAGAAAGUAAAAGUUAGAGUUAAACGGAGAGUUUCUUUGGAGAUAAAAACCUGGUGUUUGGAUAUAAUUUAUAAAUGUCUGACCUACUUACUUUUAUCUUUGUUGUAGUAUGAAAGUGAUCACAAACAUCUGAUGUAAUGGAUCGUUGCAGUUGUGUCUCUAUCAUUGGUUCUUUCGGUUGUGAUAAUAAUAGUGGAAACAAACGUGAGCAAACCGAUUGUAAACAAAUGCAUGUGGACGAGAAAAACAAAGUUUAAAUGAUUCGAAACGUCCUUCACAGUUGACAGACGAUCUUUGUGGUUCAACUGACCUGCUGUUCUUACCGUAGUGUAGGCUUUCUUCGCUUUAUUAUCAAUAUUUAAACUUUCAAUUUGACCGUGAAAAAAGUUGUUUUAGAUAAUCUGGAAUAAUUCAAUAUAAUUCAUCAUCUGUCAAUUGAAUCACAUCCUGACGCAUAAUAACCCCGUCUAUAUUGAUAAUAACGAGCACAUACUCCCUUCAUUCAAUGAGAAAGUACUCCGUAUAUAUGAGACAUGGUUUUGUAAACUUAUUCGUGAAUUGAAUACAAUUUAUUUAUUUUCAGAAAACUUUCUAUGUCCUAAAAUAUAUCAUUAUCAAGAUAUUUCAGGUGAUUAAACACUAAAGAAAACAUAAUUUUAAACAUAACAUUCCCUUUCUGCCGAUAGAUCCCCUUUAAUGCGACGCGCUGGCCCUUUAAGAUAACCUGUGUGGUCACAGCUGCUGAUCCUAGAGAAGAUGGGUUUUAGCUGCAAAAUGACCUCCAAAAAUGGCGUCAGCUGUGGUUGUGAACAAAGCCUUUUGUACCAGCGGUGCCACCGGAUGCACGUGAAUAAGUUUCACACUGACACUGUGUCGUUGGAACAACAUAGAGUCUACGAUGACACGUAAACGACACACGUACCAACAAACAUGGAGCGCAAACCACCAGGCUUUUCCUCUACAGUCUCCUUCGUUCUGCAACAACACUAUGCAACAUUCAGGGCUGGCAACCGCAGCUCUGAGGGUUUGAAAAAGACACAAAAUAAUAUAAAGAAGAAGAAGAAGGGGACUUUAAUGAAGGUGCAGAGAAGAGGAUGAAGAGCUGUCGGGCGUCUCCAGCCAUUUUCUCUCACAUCUCUGAAGCUUUUUAAUAUUUAUGUCAAACAGGAAAUCACAAGUGCCAAAGAUGAAAGACUGUUGGUACAGUACGUACAUUCAUUACAUUCCUCAUACUGUUCUACGUUUAGCCUUAAGUGACCUGUUCUUGUGCUCUGAUCUGGUCUUUGUAGUUCUUUUGGUAGCACUUUACUUUGCAGGUCUGUAAUUUCCAAUUAAUACCAUUUUCUGGAAAGAGCUGCUAUAGUUUGGUGCUAAUUACAGUAACGGGGAAAUCUUUAUUCAUACCUAAAUAAACAAUCAUUUGAUUGGAAACUUUACACUCCUUAUAAUAGUUUUCUGCCUGUAGACAAAGCUUAAUUUAAAUGUAAAAGAAUCUAAGUAACAUCGUUAGUUCUUUGGUAUUCAUUAUAGAAAACGUGGACACAUAACCAGCCUUUCCAGGUAAUUACAGACUUGAAUAAAGCGUUGCCGUUCUGUUUUUUUACUGCAUAACUCUCGGAUUCAUGCAUGAUAAGUUUAUUACAAUGCUGCGUUUCAUUAAUGUCAGCAAGCGGGAAUUCUUUAGCAACAGCCAAGUUUAUACAAACAGGCAACAUUAGUUUGUUGGGCAACGAUUGAGCGGAUGCAAGUUCCUUCAGCACCUUUGUUUCUGCUGCCACCAAGUGGCCAAAAUAAUCUAUUAUUGCAGCUUUAAGAUAUUUAUUAGUGCAGUUUUAAGGUUUUUGUAGUCUUAAAGAUAUACUUGAAGUUUAAGUUUAUUAAUAAAAUUAGAAACGAUGGUCUGCAGCUUUCCCGCUGUUAAACUCAACGUCAGGUCGUCACAAUUUUGAGAGAAAGUCUCAGAUUUUCCGACGUUUCUGGAACGCAGCAUCAAUGUCCCUCCGUGUCUUCCUCGUUGGUCUGUGAGUGAUCUGCAUGAUGCUGUUUUAUGCUAUAAAUUUGACCAAAAAAAAGACGAUACCCGUAGCUGACAGCUGCUCAUUGCCAUUAAACAUUAAACAGAUGAAAGCAUGAAGCUGAACUGGUUGCCUUUUUAAAAGCCAUGGACGUUAUUGAUGCUAAACGUUGUGCCUGUGUGUCGUCCGGAUGCACCUGAAACUUCUCUUCUGUUGUUGAUGGAUGCUCUUCUUUUUAAUCGUUCUCUCUACCUCCCUGUGUUUCUACCUCCUGCUCCAGUGCAUGUUUUUAAGCUUUAAAAAUCAGGAAUAUCUAAAGCUAUCCCCCAGCCCCCCCCCCCGAAACAUUUUACCAGGUAAAGUCAUCUGAACAGGCAAAGAAAAGGUUUGCUGUUGUGUGCAAUGUCAGACUGUUUAAAUCUAAAACAUAAAGUAUAUUGACAGACAAAAACUGAAUUCACCCUUCAGAAAUGGGAUUAUGUCAUCAGCAAAGAAGUUGAUUUGGAUGGAAGUGUUUUCUGUGCAUCCGGAAUAACUGACUUUAAACCCAGAAAUGUUUAUGAGUAUUUUUUUAGGUAAUUUCUGAGUUAUCAGGAACACAAACAUAUUGUGUACAUGGAGUCAUAACAGGUGUAAAUGAGUAUUGAAACCUUCAGCGGUUGCCUCAUUUUCCUCACACCUGACGUCUAGAGGUUCAGAAACACGUCCCGUUUCUUUUCUCUGUCCGGCUUUUAAUCACCAUGUCUCUAUGAAAAUGCACUUUUUUGCACAGACUGUUUUCUUGUGGCGACCUCUUAAAAGAUCUGCAUGUCAUUUGUCGCUUUUUGUGAAAUGAUGGAAUAAAUAAAUGAUGUAAUAAUAAGUCAUUAAAAUGUGGUCUUCUA